AUGGCCGAGGAAGUCUACGACGGUGCCAUUGGCAUUGAUCUGGGAACCACCUACUCCUGCGUGGCCACCUACGAGGGCAACAAUGUCGAGAUCAUCGCCAACGAGCAGGGCUCUUUCACCACCCCUUCGUUCGUCUCUUUCACCGAGCAGGAGCGAUUAAUCGGUGAGGCUGCCAAGAACCAGGCUGCCAUGAACCCCGUCAACACCGUCUUCGAUGUCAAGCGUCUGAUCGGUCGCCGCUUCGAUGACCCCACCGUCAAGAAGGACAUGGAGUCCUGGCCCUUCAAGGUCGUCGAUGACGAGGGCAACCCCAAGGUUCAGGUCGAGUACCUGGGCGAGACCAAGCAGUUCUCCCCCCAGGAGAUCUCUGCCAUGGUUCUUGUCAAGAUGAAGGAGAUUGCCGAGACCAAGCUGGGCAAGAAGGUCGAGAAGGCCGUCAUCACCGUCCCCGCCUACUUCAACGACAACCAGCGUCAGGCCACCAAGGAUGCUGGAUCCAUCUCUGGUCUUAACGUCCUCCGUAUCAUCAACGAGCCCACUGCUGCUGCCAUUGCCUACGGUCUUGGCUCCAAUAAGUCCAACAAGGAGCGUAACGUCCUGAUCUACGAUCUGGGCGGUGGUACCUUCGAUGUCUCCCUGCUUAACAUCCAGGGUGGCGUGUUCACCGUCAAGGCUACUGCUGGUGACACCCACUUGGGUGGUCAGGACUUCGACACCAACCUGCUGGACCACUGCAAGAAGGAAUUCACUCGCAAGUUCAAGAAGGACCUGUCGGGCGAUGCCCGUGCCCUCCGUCGUCUCCGCACUGCUUGCGAGCGUGCCAAGCGUACCCUGUCCAGCGGUGCCCAGGCCACCAUUGAGAUCGACUCCCUCUUCGAUGGCGAGGAUUUCAACAUGCAGAUUACCCGUGCCCGUUUUGAGGACCUCAACGCCAAGGCUUUCACCGGCACUCUCGACCCCGUGACCCAGGUCCUCAAGGAUGCCAACAUCGAGAAGUCUGGCGUUGACGAGAUUGUUCUUGUCGGUGGCUCCACCCGUAUUCCCAAGAUCCAGAAGCUUCUGAGCGACUACUUCGACGGCAAGAAGCUCGAGAAGUCCAUCAACCCCGAUGAGGCUGUUGCCUACGGUGCUGCCGUCCAGGCCGGUAUCCUCUCUGGCAAGGCCACUUCUGCUGAUACCGCCGACCUCCUCCUGCUUGACGUCGUCCCUCUGUCCCUCGGUGUCGCCAUGGAGGGUAACAUCUUUGCUCCUGUCGUUCCUCGCGGCAACACAGUUCCUACUCUCAAGAAGUUCCGUACCUUCACUACUGUGGCCGACAACCAGCAGACUGUUCAAUUCCCUGUGGUGCAGGGUGAGAGAACCAAUUGCGAGGACAACACCUCUCUGGGUGAAUUUACCCUGGCUCCUAUCCCGCCUAUGAAGGCUGGUGAGCCCGUCCUUGAGGUCGUCUUCGAGGUCGACGUCAACGGUAUCCUGAAGGUCACGGCUACCGAGAAGACCUCCGGCCGCAGUGCCAACAUCACCAUCUCCAACUCUGUCGGCAAGCUGUCCAGCGCUGAGAUCGAGAACAUGAUCAGCGACGCUGAGAAGUUCAAGUCCAACGACGAGGCCUUCAGCAAGCGCUUCGAGGCCAAGCAGCAGCUCGAGUCCUACAUUACCCGUGUCGAGGAUAUCAUCUCCGACCCUACCCUGUCCCUGAAGCUGAAGCGCGGCCAGAAGGAGAAGAUCGAGCAGACCCUGAGCGAGGCCAUGUCUCAGCUCGAGCUCGAGGACUCCAGCGCCGACGAUCUGAAGAAGAAGGAGCUGGCCCUGAAGAGGCUCGUGACCAAGGCCAUGUCCUCCCGAUAAGCGUCUCGUAGCCACGCUCCGCUCUCGCUCUUUUCGUACCAAGACACAUCAUCAUCUUGGUCACUGUAUGACACCUCACGAUACCAUGACGGAGAGUGAAAAGAGGGGAGAGCUGGGUUAUCUCUCAGGUGAAAAGCAAGUUACGAGACCGUUGACACCUUGCACUUUUGAGGAUGGUCUCCGGGGAAGGUAGUUGAUAACGGAAGGUCUUGCAUGGGUUGACAAGGCAAUUCUUGCACAUCUUUUUCCUCGUCGUGUCCUUGUCUAGGAGAUGCAGUCUCUUUACCCAGCAGGCUGAGAGGGUAAUGACGCUGAUCAAUCUGUGGUCGAAGGUGUGAGGUACUGCAAUAGUUGCUUCCACCUUAUCUCCUUUUUUUUUUUUUUUUCCCUGGGAGGGAGUGCAAUAGGCACUCGCUCUUUAUAACAACGACGUUGCAUGGCGCAACAACUGCGAGUAGAUUUGGGUUGAAAAGGCUACUAAAAUUGAAUGGUACACUGAUUAGAA